GAUAGGAGGAAUCAAUCAAACGAAAGGUGAUUUGUUAGGACCGUUCAAAGACGCCGAAUGUGUUGCAUAUGUUGGAGACAAAUUCCAGUCAAUAGAAACAUUUUUUAACUUUUGAAUACCACCUAAUUAGGGAACAUUGAAACGGAGAGAAAAAAAAUGGCGUCGUUUUUUGACCACGUGAUGUCUGUCAGCUGGAUCACAUCCAUCACGUCUUACCUGGCUAUUGCCACGUUGGCUGUGGUCGUCUACCACUACUGGCAACGUACCAGCGGCUCCGACUGGGCGAGGCUGGGCGUCAAGUGCCCCAAACUGUCGCCAUUUUAUUUCUUUGGGGACGAUUUCAGAAAACAGCUGUCAAAUAUCAUUAACGCCUAUGGUGACACUGUGGCCAUCGUCACCGGCACUGGACAGAGCAUCGUCACCACGAACUUUGACCUCAUGAGGCACGUGUUUAUCAAAGACUUCAAUAACUUCGUCGACCGAAGCGACGGCUUGACCUCCAACUCGCCAUUCGCCAAGUCUCUAUUCUUCGCCAAAGGGAACAGCUGGCGGCGACACAGACAGAUCGUCUCCCCGACGUUCACUUCCGGCAAGCUGAGACACAUAGCCAAGACAAUUGAGAAGUCGGCGCAGGCCCUGGGGAAUUACCUGGAGGCCGCUGCCCGGGCCGGCACCACGGUCGCCAUCAAGGACGCCACGGGGAGGUUCUCGUGUGAGGUCAUUGCCAAAACGGGUUUCGGAUUAAACGUCAAUUUUAUCGGCCAGAAGGACCCGGAGUUUUUCAACUACGCUAAGUCAAUGCUAGCGACUAAUUUAGGAAUAAGGAGAAUCAUUAUCCAGACCAUGAUUUUAAUUAGCCCGUCGUUACUUAAAAUAUUUAAUAAAGUCUUCAAGUCGAUCCAACUGUUCGAGCCGAUUGAUCUAGACGCCGACAAAUAUUUUAAAACAAUUCUAGACGCGACAGUCGCUGAUAGACGGAAGUUACAACACUCCGACCGGAAGUCGGUGGAUUUCCUAGACCUACUUCUGAAAGCCAACGAAGCCGUGAAGCAGGGCAAGCUGGAGCAGGUGGACGAGGACGAGCCGGACGCUGGGAGCUGGAGGUCCGGCUCUGACAUCAAGGAGCUGACGGACGAUGAGAUUCUGGGCCACUCCAUGCUGGUCAUCUUCGCCGGACUGGAGACCACGGCCACGGCUCUACAGAUGUGUCUCUACGUUCUGGCAUCGCAUCCGGAUAUACAGGACCGAGUCUACGAGGAGAUAACUCGGGUCGUACAGGGAGAAAACCCGACCCCCGAGGAGCUCAACAGUCUGACGUACACCGAGAUGACCGUCAACGAGACGCUGCGGCUCUACCCUCCCGUUCCCAUAGUUACCAGAAAAGCCAAGGACACCCGCACCUACAACGGGGUAACCAUCCCCAAGGGGACGCUGGUUCAGAUACCGUUCUUCCACAUUCUCAAGGACCACAGGAUCUGGCCGGAAUCGGAUCAGUUCAGACCGGAGCGGUUCGACCCGGAAGAGAAGCAGAAGCGUGACCCGUUGGCCUUCGUGUGUUUUGGCCACGGUCCACGGAUCUGCCUGGGGAUGAGGUUGGCCUACCUGGAGCUCAAGAUCGCCUUGGUGUAUAUUCUGAGGAGGGUCAAGGUCAUCCUGAACGAGGAGACGGAGCCGAAGAAGGGGGGCGACGGGGUCAAGUUCACGCCUCAAGGUCUGCUAACCCCGGAGCAGCCAAUCAGAUUGGCUUUUGAGUUAAGGGGGAAGAGUUAGGGACGGUGAAGGACAAGAUUAGCUGGGCAACGAACUAGGAAUUACGAUGAGUUAGAUUGUGGAUUAGUAUUAAGGACUUGGCUGUUAUACUGUUAGGACGAGGACUAGUUUAGUUGCUUAUACGUCUAUUUAAGUGCCUAUUUGUAGCUUAGCGUAAGUUACUUAAAAUUAUUUAAAUUUAAAAAAAAUGUAAGGCUGACAGAGGAAAAAAAAAGAUAGAUUGAUAUGACAAUAUUUCGAUGUAUUUACCUCUUUUCAAAGUUUGCCUUUGAUUUUAUUCUAAAUAUAUUAAAAACCUUUAUUACGGAUUUAAACUUACGUUUGAUUAGUUUAAACACAAUCUAUGGUGUUUUUAAAUAUCUUUGAUUAAAAGUUUCUAACAUUAAACUGUAAUUAGGGUGACUUUAUAUGAACUGGAUUUGCCCAGAUGAGUUUGUUUCGGUUUAAGUUCAAUAAGAGUGAUCAAGCUACAAUGAAACUGUUAACGAACGUGUACAACUACGUUUAGUUGACAUGAACUGAACGGACCAAGCUAGCAGAAAACUGAGUUCCUGAGUGAACUAUGACCCUAUUUGUUCAACGUUUAACACUAUCAACUGCCGGCAUGGCAUCAGAUGAUGCGCAUACGUCACAGUUGGAAUGUAGGUCAAAGUUUCGGACCUAGCUUACAGUCCUGUGGAGGUGAAUUACAUAAGCUAAGAGACAGAUGUGUGGUCAAAUGCUUGGAAAUAGCAGUAUGCAGCCAUCAUUUUGUGGUCCAAAUGUUGGAAACGGCAUUCUUCAACCAUCAUUUUGUGGUCCAAAUGUUGGAAAUGGCAAUGUCCAACCACCAUUUUGUUGUCGAAAUGUUGGAAAUAACACUGAUCAUCGAUCAUUUUGUCCUGUUUUGUGUAUUACAAUAUUUGCAAUAGGUAAAGUUUUAGUUUUAUUAAAUCUUCAUCAGAAAACAAACGAGAACGUUUUUUUUUCUUAAAACCAUAAAGUUGUUUUUUUUUCUGUCUCAAGCAAGCGACACGUUGAAUAACUAGUUCGUCUGACUGCUUCAAACAUUCACUGGGAUAAAAAUGUUGAACGGUGGGCAGAUUUUUAGGUUUUCGGCA